AUGCCGUCCCCGUCCGACAGUGCCGCAGGGGCGGCUCCACAAGCACCAGCAGGGUUGUCCCAGGUCCGGGCCCUGACCUUUGACGUCUUCGGCACAGUCGUCGACUGGCGAACCACCGUGGUCCGCGAGCUCACCCAGGCGGCUCGGGACAAACUAGCCACUCUCAGCAGCAGCAGCAGCAGUGCCGGCACAGUAGCAGCAGCAACAGCAGCAACAGCAGCAACAAUAAUACCAGAUGGCGGCUCCAGCGGCGGCAGGUACAAAUCCCGCCUCGAGGCCCUGACGGACCAGGACUGGGCGGCCUUCGCCCAGGAGUGGCGCAACAGCUACGGCGUCUUCACGCGGUCCUUUGUCCCCGGCGUCACGCCCUGGAAGGACAUUGAUGCCCACCAUCGCGACAGUCUCGUCGAGCUGCUCGUCGCGUGGGGUCUGGGUGGCGACGGUGACGAUGACGACGAUGACGACAAGAACAACAGCACGUCCGCCGGCACCCCAGCAGCAUCAACAGUCUAUACCUCGGCAGAGCUCGAGCACUUGAGCAGAGUGUGGCACCGCCUGGACCCGUGGCCGGACUCGGCCGCGGGUCUACACGCGCUCGGCGGCGGCUUCAUCACGGCCACCCUGUCCAACGGCACCCGGGAGCUACUCCAGGACCUCGACGCCCACGGCGGCCUCGGGUUCCGGGAGAUCAUCUCCACGGCGGACUUUGGCGCGUACAAGCCCCAUCCGUCGACGUAUCUCGGAGCUGUGAAGAAGCUCGUCGGCAGUGGUGGUGGUGGUGGUGUUGCGAAGGGAGAAGAAGAAGAAGGCAAAGGAGAAGGAGGUGACAGGGGAGAUCCGGGCCAGGUCGCCAUGGUCGCGGCGCAUCUGGGCGACCUGGCCGCCGCGCGGUCGCACGGCCUGCGCACGAUAUACGUCGAGCGCCCGCGCGAGGAGGCGUGGGCCGCCGGCGAAGAGCGCUAUCAGGAUGCCAGGCGCUGGGUCGACAUCUGGGUCGCCGAGGGCGAGGGCGGAUUUCUCGAGGUGGCGAGACGGCUGGGCGUUCCUGUCUCGUCCGCUGUUGUUGCUGCUGCUGCUGCCGGUCCGUCGCCCUCUUGA